GACUGGGCGGAGGGGCCUCCGGGUGCCGGGCCGGGGCCGGCGGGGGGAGGGGGAAAGGGAUGGGGGGCGGGCACAGAGGACAGAGGAGCCGGCCGGACACGGACUGCUCCGUCGCUCCCUCCCUCAGCUCAUCCCCGCGUCCCCACUUCCCUCCUCCCCUCGCUCGGAGCAGCAUCCUCUGCAGACCCUCGGUCCUCAUUCCCGGGGUCGUCCGGCUUCCGCGGCUCCGUGUAAUUACCCCCCUUCACUGGCCAACCCGGGAACUUUCUCCGCCCGCUCUCAGCAGUGGGGGGUCGCUUUGCCUGGGCGGAUUUUUCCUGGGGUUCACUGGGGGGGAAGUCUCUGGAGAAGGGCCUCAGGGUCCCAGAGAGACGUCUGCCACCUGCCACCUGCACCCAGCAGACCUGCCGUCGGGUUUUGGCACCCUCUCUCCCCCUCUCCCCCAAUCAUGACCGAAAUGAGCGAGAAGGAGAACGAACCGGAUGACGCGGCCACCCACACCCCCCCGGGGACCAUCUCUGCCCUCCAGGAAACCAAGCUGCAGCGGUUCAAGCGCUCGCUUUCCCUCAAGACCAUCCUCCGAAGUAAGAGUGUGGAGAACUUCUUCCUUCGCUCGGGCUCUGAGCUCAAGUACCCCACUGAGGUGCUGCUGACGCCCCCAACCCCACUGCCCCCUCCCUCCCCACCACCAGCAUCUACAGACGGGGGCGUCCCGACGCCGGCCCCCUCCCCCUGCCCCAUCCCACGGCCCCUGGCACCACUCAAACCAGUAAGACUGCACAGCUUCCAGGAACAUGUCUUCAAGAGAGCUAGCCCCUGUGAGCUGUGCCACCAGCUCAUUGUGGGAAACUCCAAGCAGGGUUUGCGAUGUAAGACGUGCAAAGUGAGUGUCCACCUCUGGUGCUCCGAGGAGAUCUCCCGCCAGCAAUGCCCAGGCAAGGCGUCCUCCUCCUUCCGUCGCAACUUCAGCUCCCCGCUCCUGGUGCAUGAGCCACCCCCCACCUGUGUCACAAGCAGAGAGUCCCCACCCACUGGGGCCAGCGGCAAGGUAGACCCCGUCUAUGAGACCCUGCGCUAUGGCACCUCCUUGGCUCUGAUGAACCGCUCCAGCUUCAGCAGUACCUCUGAGUCCCCCACGCGGAGCCUGAGUGAGCGGGAUGAGCUGACUGAAGAUGGGGAAGGCAGCAUUCGUAGUUCAGAGGAGGCCCCUGGAGACAGUGUAUUCACAGCCCCGGCUGAGAGUGAAGGGUCAGGACCGGAGGAGAAGAGCCCCGGACAACAGCCCCCCAAACCCCUUCUGCGGAAGGACGUGGGACCCAUGUAUUCCUACGUCGCGCUCUACAAGUUUCUGCCCCAAGAGAACAACGACCUGGCUCUGCAGCCUGGGGACCGGAUCAUGCUGGUGGAUGACUCUAACGAGGACUGGUGGAAGGGCAAGAUUGGCGACCGGGUUGGCUUCUUCCCAGCCAAUUUUGUGCAGCGAGUCAGGCCAGGCGAGAAUGUUUGGCGCUGCUGCCAACCCUUCUCUGGGAACAAGGAACAGGGGUACAUGAGCCUCAAGGAGAACCAGAUCUGUGUGGGCGUGGGCAGGAGCAAGGAUGCUGACGGCUUCAUCCGCGUCAGCAGCGGCAAGAAGCGGGGCUUGGUGCCAGCCGACGCCCUGACCGAGAUCUGAGAGGAGCCAAGAGAACCCAGAUGCCACCCUGCCCAUGCCUGGCCCUUGCUUCUGGUCCCGGAGGGGAAAAGGCAUCUGCCCUCUGCCUCUUUCCUAGGGGCCACUCCCCGGGACUUGGGAGCCUUCUGCACUGAGGAAGGUUUUAUUUCUUGGGUCCCAAGUUGCCCUGAGGGAGUUGCUCCUCUGGGGCUUGGGAAUGUGGAAGGAGGAGAAAGUGGGAGGGAAUGGGGAAGCUCCAGGUAGGUCCAGCCCAUGCCCGGACAUCAUCAAGUUGCCACGCUGAAUGCAGCCCUGGGGAGGGGGGUGUUCCUGGGGAACUUUCCUGCUGCUUUGUCCAGAGAGCCUUCCCACGUCCACACCACCUCUGCAUGCCCGACACUGUCCCCCUCGCCCCACAGAGCCCCUGCUUGGGUUUACGUUCGUGACCUUGCAGCUGCCGCUUUGGAAGGAAGUGGGGCCUUGGGAAUGUGCCUUCCCAAGUCCCUCAGGUCUCCGCCCUCCGCCCGGGCUCAGGAGGCGGUUCAGGGCUGCGGAGGAUCCUGAGUCCAACUCCUGGUUUCACCCUCUGUCCCUCCAUCAGUUCUCAGGAAAGUUCUGCGGGAAUCUCUCCCCUUACUUGAAACCCCUGGCAGAUAGAGGAGGAGAGGGCUGAGUUCUGGGGAAAGCGCGGUAAAUCAGAGACUGUCUCCUCAAAGAGAACGGUCAGUCAGCACAGAGCGGCCUCGUUGUGCCCUUGCCUACUGGGGAAGGACACUCAGUAGCAGCCUGCACACAGAAACCUGACUGAGAACAAAAAAAAAAA